GCUGCAGGCUGUGAUGCCUUCAGUGGCUGAGCUGUCCCUCAGAGCCUGUGGCACAACAAAUCAGUUGCUGUUUCUCACUUGUUCUGAUAAUGCUGCAGGCGGGGCAGCUUAACGGAGAGACUGCUGGGCUGCCAUGCAAGAGGUUUUAGAGGAGUCUCCCUUCAGCAGGAUGUUUCUUCCUUCUUUUACUCCUUUUUGAAAUGGAGGUACUGCUAUCUGCUCAGUGAGAUGCUCUGAGAUAUCUGCUGCUGAAAGGCACCAUAUGAGAUUCUGCUUCUGGAACCACCAGGGAGAAAAUGUUCUUGGGACACCAAAUGGUCCUCAGGUGUUUUCCAAAGUUCUGCCUCACCACAUACAUCUUUCUUCCAGCUGCAGGGAAGCACCUCCCACACCAGGAAGGGGAUGAGCCAGCCUCAGCUCCAGGAGAUGAUCCCCCCAAAGGAGAUUUCCCUCUUCAGAAAAAAUCUCCGAAACUCUGUGGCUCCAACUACCCCCUGAGCAUUGCCUUCAUUGUGGUGAACGAGUUCUGCGAGCGCUUCUCCUACUAUGGCAUGAGAGCUGUCUUGACACUCUAUUUCUUAAGCUUCUUCCACUGGGAUGAGAAUCUCUCCACUGCUGUGUACCAUGCCUUCUCUGCAUUGUGUUAUUUCACACCUGUCAUUGGAGCCAUCAUGGCAGACUCAUGGCUGGGCAAAUACAAGACGAUCAUCUACCUCUCCAUUGUGUAUGUUGUUGGCCAUUUGAUAAAGUCAGUCGGUGCCAUUCCAUCCCUUGGCAACCAAGCUGUUCAUGUGGUCCUGUCUAUGGUUGGUCUGUUUUUGAUCGCCCUUGGAACGGGAGGUAUCAAGCCCUGUGUCUCUGCAUUUGGUGGGGACCAGUUUGAAGAGGAACAUACCUCAGAGAGAAGCAAGUUUUUUUCCAUCUUCUAUUUAUCCAUUAAUGCUGGAAGUUUGAUCUCCACGUUUGUAACUCCUGUAUUAAGAGGGGAUGUGAAAUGUUUUGGAGAGGAUUGUUAUGCACUGGCUUUUGGUGUCCCAGCAGCACUGAUGGUGCUGGCACUUGUUGUGUUCAUUGCUGGAAGUGGACUGUACAGAAAAACACCACCACAAGGAAAUGUCUUGCUGGAAGUGUGCAAAUGCAUUGGUUUUGCUCUUAAAAACCGGCUGAAAAACCGCUCCCCUGAGAUUCCAAAGAGAGAUCACUGGCUGGACUGGGCUUCAGAAAAAUACUCAAAACAGCUGAUUGGGGAGGUUAAAAUGGUGACUCGUGUUCUCUUCCUCUUCAUACCACUGCCAAUGUUCUGGGCCCUGUUUGAUCAGCAGGGAUCCAGGUGGACUUUGCAAGCCACAAAAAUGAAUGCUGAUUUUGGAAUAUAUGUCCUUCAGCCUGACCAAAUGCAGUUCUUAAAUCCACUUCUUAUUCUUGUCUUCAUCCCGAUUUUUGACUUUGGGCUCUACCCCCUGAUAAACAUGUGCAAAUUGAAUUUCACACCUAUUAGGAAAAUGGCAACAGGUAUGAUCCUUGCAGGGCUGGCGUUUGGACUUGCAGCCAUUAUAGAAGUCAAAAUAAAUGAAACCGAUAUGCCUCGCCUUGUCCCAAAAGAAAGUUUAAUUCGGGUCCUGAAUUUGGCAAAGAACCCUGUUCAAGUGGCAAUCCAAGACAAGGACCUAUUUCAGCAGCCUGUGGAGUCCUUUCAGAACCCAGCUGAGUACUCAAAAUUAAUAUUGAAUGGAGAGCAACAGAACCUUCACUUCACCCUGCAACAUCAAGGAUUGACUCUUGCUUUUAACUACACCGUGAAGGAAAAAUCAGUAUACAGCUUAAUUGUUUUUGAGGCAGAAGGAAGCCUAUCAAGCCGCUUAAUUACGGACUUGGAAGCAAAGCCAGAAAAUGGUUUGGCAGCUGUUAGAUUCAUUAAUGCUUUGAGCCAAGAUGUCAACCUCACUAUCAAUAGCAAAAGUUUCAUUACUGUUCAGAAAAACUACAGUGCUUCUGAGUACUCACUGCUGGAGAGGGAUGUAUAUAAUGAUGGAAAAUGCAUAACUGAAACAGGAGAGUUCCCCCUGGAGCUGGGGCUGCUUGACUUUGGUGCCUCAUACACCGUUGUGAUAACUAAUAUUUCUGGAGGUGCUGUUGAGACCUGGAAGUCAGAAGACAUCAAAGCCAACAAUGUCCAUAUGGCCUGGCAGUUACCACAAUAUUUACUGAUAUCUGCUGGGGAGGUGAUGUUCUCCAUUACAGGUCUGGCCUUCUCCUAUUCUCAGUCUCCAGCCAGCAUGAAGUCGGUGCUGCAGGCAGGCUGGCUGCUCACCGUGGCUGUGGGGAAUACCUUUGUGCUCAUUGUUGCCGAGGCUGCACCAAUGGCACAGUGGGCUGAAUUUGUCUUGUUCACUGUUCUCCUCUUUGCUGUGUGCAUUAUUUUCUCCAUCAUGGGAUAUUUCUAUGUCAGUGUGGAUCCAGAGGACCUAGAAGAAAAGGAAGAGAAGAGAGAGACCUCAAGCAGAGGAAACAUGAUUGGUCUUGUUACUCAGAAAACAAAGCUCUAACACAUCAUGGGUUGGGAUUUUUUUUAAACUCAGUUAUGAGAAGGUGAAAGAAGGGUGGGGACAGUGUUAUUUUAUUUUAGAGCAUUGCAGUCUUUGUUACUCAAAAUGUAACCACCUUAUAAAUGGGACCAAAUGGCCCUCUAUAAAAACAGUGGGGGUCCUGAAAACAGAACAAAACUCCUUGGGAAAGCUCCUCAGGUAUUAAAAGCCCUUAGUAGUAAUUGCAGUGUAAUUUAAAACCUGCCCAUCUUUUUAAGCAUGGAAUCCUUUCCUAUGAUUUUGCCUUAAACAUAUAUUUAGGGCAGCAGGGAGGAAGGGUGGAAGGAAUGCCAUAUGACACAAAAAUCUGGAAAUGUUAUGAAAGAAGAAAGAGGAAAAACUAGUAUAGGAAUUAGGGAAGAAUAGAUGUUAGUGACAGAAGGAUUUUUAAUGCUAUCAUCAAGGACUGUAAGGGUUACACACAAUCCCAAAGGAUUUCAUCAUGUAACUCUCCUUAUGAGUAUUUCAUCCCAUUAUUGGAUGUUAUGAAUCGUUCUGAUUUAUGAUUUUCACCUUCAGGCUCAGAAGUAAUAACAGGGAAUUAAAUUCUGCAGGCUAAAAUAUUCCCAAAACACUGCUGACGAAGACAAGCAUGCUGGUACCUCUCCCAUUUUUUCCCCUAGAAGUUUUUAACAACUGAUGGUGUUCUUUGAUUAGACAUGAUUAGAGAAUUGCUUUAUGCUUUCUUAUUUCAGAAUUCCAGACAGUUAUUUGCCAUCUUCCUAUACAUUAAGCCUUUAUUGGGCAUUUCCUUUUACAGCACCUGUCACUGCAAGUUAGGAUAUAGCUGAUUUCUUAUCUCACGCCUCAGUUAUUCCCCACUGGGAGACAAGUUGCAGUAGUUUCUGUAAAAUUCCAGGCAUCCUGCAGUGAGUUAUUUACAAGGAUGCACUUUAUCAUUUUUUCAGUCUACAAGAGGAGACCAUGGCAUAUGAGAUUUUUCUUUUUCCUCCUUGUUUUUCUGUCUCUACCAGACUUUGGAUAUAGCAAUUUUAUUGGAAUUGUGAUAUAAUUGUCUGAUUUUCCUCAAUUGCGUGAAGCUGUGAUUUCAUGUUCUGCAUAGGAGUAAUCCAACCACUGCUGAUCUAGUAAAAGUCCUGAGAGAGUCCCUGCCUUCCUCUGUCACUUCAAGGCCACAGUUGGAACAGGUAUGGCCUAAUUCAAAACAAGGUUGUCAAUAGGAUCUUCAGGUUCACAGAGAAGAGGUUUUAAAUUAUGCUUUCCUCUUCCAUCUUGGCAGUGGCCAUAGACGGUUACUGAUACUUGGAUUCCGGAGAUCACAAAAUACGUGUUUAAUUUAAUUCCUGUUCAGGACAGUGCUAGGAAAUACACUUAGUUUGACACCACCUCAGCUCCUUUGAUGUGCUGCCAGUGUGUGUGUGUGUGUGUGUGUGUGUGCAUCUUCUUGAGUAACACUAACAAAACACAGCUUUUUGGUUUUAACUCACAGCCUAAGAUUGCUCCUUCUGCUUCCCGUCCUAAGUGGGCAUGGACUUUCAGCACUUGUUCUGCAUGAGCUCCUGCCUGCUGUGAAGUAGCAUCUGGGGUUGUGCCAGAGGGGACCAUGGUCUCAUCAGAUAAAUGAGAAGAGGCUGCAGAUGUGCACGCAGGGACAUUUGGGGUGGUUCAGUCCAUGCAGAAACAUUUAUUAAGCUGUGGUGGCUGGAUCCAGGCAGCUGAACCCUGCAACUCCAUGGAGAAUGAAGGGCAUUGAAAGCCACCAAUUAGGUCAUCCAACCUGCUUCACAGAAGCCAAGUGAGGAUUAUUCCCCUCUGUUCUUUCUGGUAUUGUUCUCCUGCUGUGAUUCUUUGUGUGGGUUCUUUCUCCUCCAAGCAUUGUUGUUUUCCUAAUCCCAUUUUAUGACACACUGUGAAUCGGCUCAGAGGCUGCUGAAUCACUCUGCUGUGAUGCUGUUUGACUGGCUUCCAAUUUGAAGCACUAAUAGAAAGCAUUUCUUCCUCCACCCACUGCAAACAAAACAAAAAUCCCCAAACUGAAGGAAUGGCCAGGCUCCAGUAACACUGAACAAACACAAUUUAGAAUUAUUGGAGCAUUUAAUUUUUUAUAAGCCUUGAAUUUAAAAGUAUGUUGGGGUUCGAGGGCAUAUGUGGUGUAGAGACAAAUUAAAAUUAUUGAAGCACUUUCCCUGGGAAGCAUUGGUAAGCAGUUCAAAGGUGCAGGAGGGAAAGCAAGGUCUCCAGAUCUCUAAGACUACAUAUGUUUGAGAACCUCUUGAUUUUUUUUUGUUUUAUUUCCUUAUUGGCGACACUACCAGAAGCUGUCACAGACUCUGAGCUUAAUUUAAAGGAAUCGUUCCAAACUCAUAAAAGAUACAUUUAGGAUGUCAUCUGUAUCUGCUUUUUAGACUCCUGAUGCCAAAUUGCCCCUUUCCAAACAUCUCCGUGUUCCAAACUGUCACCAUAAUGCUGGGGGAAGGAAAAAUUGCAAUUCACAGUUGGGAAGAUUAUGAAUAGGAAGGCAAUGCUAUAAAUAAAGUGCUAACAUGAGGCUGGGGGCUGCUCCUGCAGCCCCUCCCAGGAAUUACUGAGGGGAUUGUGAGGCUCUGUUCACAUUUCUCUUAAGGAAUGAACUGGUUACUUCUUCCCACCUGCUCAUCAUCACCUAUUGGAAGCUUUUCCCUUCUCUAAUCUGCCUGCUUGGUUACUGGUAUCAUCCUUCCCCACUGCUUCACUUCAGCUGCUGCUGUAGCUUUGCUAAAUUGGACCCAUUUAUUUGGAAUGCACCAGCAGUUUGGAGGGAUUUCCACUGGCAUGCUCACAACCAGCCAGGAGCAAGCUGGGGGCUCUAAAAAUGAGCUGCCCCUUCUGUAGGGGCACUUUUCCAGUUUUAGAGCCACAACUCCAUCCUUGGAGGCCUUGCAUCACUUUCAAAUGGACUCAAGACUGGAUAAAAGGUUUGGGACUUGAUUCCAUGGAGUAAUGAGUUCUCUGGGUUUUUCCUCCAUAUGGUCACCUCAGAGAUGAGGCCAUGCUCAGCUCUUCAUACCCAAUUUUAGAAAAUUAUUCUUUAUUCCUCACAAUUCUUUGCUUUAGGAUCACAGGGAGGAUCCAAAGUAGUGAUAGCAUAUGUAAAGCUGAAUGAACCUCUAUAGAGAAAUAGCAACCUGCUGCCUGUCCAGCUUCACCUGUCACUGAAGGCUCUCAGCUGUUGGUGAAGCUUUCCCUGGCACAGAUUAGGGAAAGCUCACUCCAACUGACCUACAGGAAUUAUCCUCUCCAGCUGAGGGACAGGGAAGAGGUGGUGGGGGGCCGUAGAUGUGCUGCUGCACAAACCUUCAUGGAGAUUGCAGGGGUUCGGCUUUGCUCUGCAAGUAUGUGAGUUUAUCUGUUUCUCUGAAAGGUGCUUUCUGAGGAAGAAUUUUGUGCAGAAAAUUCAUUUGCACUGGCUGCUGCCAAUUUUCCCCUUAGCAGGUUGUAAGUGUGACCAGUGUUAUUUCCAGUUUUGCAUGAGAUAAGCAUAAAAAUGAGAUUUCAAACUCAGCAAAAUAACAUCUUUGCUGUCAGUUCUUAAAUUUACCUUUUUCUGAGGCAGUCAAAUGCCUUUAGGUAGCAAGUUCUCUGUGCAGCUCAAGGGGCUUGCAUCUCUCUUUUCUUCCAUCUUCCUUUCACCGCAAUCCCAGAAUUCCAGAAGAUGAGCCCCAGGAGGGCUGCAUGGGACUGAUUGGAUGCAGCUGGUGUGUGCUGUCACCACUGACCGGGAAGCAGGAGCCUGGCCAGGUCAGGAGCUGGUUCCUCUCUGGAUACUCAAAUGGGGCCUAGAAAAUUAGACUGAGGCAGGGCUGGCCCUGGUGGAAGUUGUGGUUUACUGAGCAGUGACCUAGAUGUGAGUUUCAUUGGGAAAGAGAAAUGUAAACGAGUUAAAGAAAAAGUUUUCACUUUACUUGGCUUUGGCCUGAGGCAAGGAAACUGCAGACUGAUGGGCAGAGAGGAAACAAAGGGCUGUUUGGUCAAAGUCUUCCCAAUUCCUCAAUGAACAGCUGAAGUUACAUUGAAUUAAUUGCAGAGAACAUGAGGUGAGAGAAGAGGAAAGCUCAGAUGAUUAAAAAGUGGAUGAAUUCAGAAGAGCACUCUCCUAGCUGGUGGUGAAGGGCCAUUGUUGGAGAUGGUCACCCAUGGUUUGCAAAUGGGUUUGGCAUUCCAGGGUACUGCAAAAACCAGCAUGAAGACCAGCACUGGUGGGUCUGCACUGAGCAGAGGAGCAGGUGGCUUUACCCUGGCAAUGUCCCCACCAUCCCUGGGAGCCACCACCUUGGCUUAGCCAUGGGAACAGAGCAAACAGCUGAAUGUUAUUACAGAUGUGAUUAGCACAUGAGGGAGAGCUACAAUUAGGGGUAGUUAACAAGUUUUAGCCAGGGUCAUCCACAGAAGGAUAAUCUCUUUUUUUCUCUGCAUUGAAUUUCUUUUCUGAGCCACCAGAAUCACUUUCUAGCACAAGCUGCUUAAACCUGGGAGAUCAGCGCCAUGGCAAAUACCACAGCUGCUGAAUUUUGGAUGGUCCCAGACUCUGCAUUUCAUUAUCACUACAUUUGUUAUUGUGAUACAGUUCUAAAACAGCAUUUAAGAGAUGUGUCUGGUCCCAGAUGUUGACAGAUCUGGCCAGAAUUUUGCAUGUUGAUAGCUGGAUUCACUAGCUGUUGAUAGCUAGUCUUUCAUGUUCAUGUGCGUGAUAAACCUCUCAUGUACAAGUAGAUGUGGGGCCUUUAGAAUUCUCCAUCAAUUUAGGAAAAAAUCCCCAAAGUUCCUCAUGAAGCUGGCUAAACAUGAACUGUGGCAUUGCUUCCUUGAGGAUGCUUCCCAUGUGCUUGGUAAAGCAGGGACCCUCAUUCAUCUCCUGCAAAGUGCUCCUCAGAGAGACAAAAAAGGGGGACACAAACAUUUUGCCUUGAGAAGGGCUCGUGUUACCUAAUUGAAAUUGCAUGAAAGAAAAUAAUUGCUUUGCUUAAAAUCCCUCCUUCCUCACCAUCUCAGGUGGAUAACAAGGAGGGAAACAGUUUCUUAUUAAGCUUUGUAUCAAGGAGCUGCUGCAUCUUCUCAAACUCUUUCAUGCUGUGUUUUGCCAGCAGAUCAGCAUUAACCUGGCCCUAGCACCUGUAGAUCAGAAGACUGUCAGGAUGCAGAGCAGCCACACAGCAGGCUCCCACAGUCUGCUGAUCAGCUCUGAUCUCUUCAUUUUUAAUGAAUAGUUGUAGCAGUUAUCCUGCAGGGCUCAGUCAGUCAGAAUUGCUCUAAAUUUAGGCCACAACUAAGGACCUGAGAGAACUGUAAUCAACAAGAUAAAUAGCUAAAGUCUCAAAAACCUGCUAAAACACUGACUUAGUGCUUAAUUAAAAUUCUAAUGUGCUUACAGAAAGGAAAAAUGUAAACCUGAAUUUAGCAAUUCAGUCAGAGCAAUGGGGAGCUGUAACUGGAAUCCACCAAUGUGACAACUGGCAACCAAGAUGAAGAUACACAAAUCAAGCAAACAUUUCUCUUUGGAUUAUUUUUGCCACUGCAGACAUUGUACAGUCUGCUUGGCCUGUCCUGAUGGAUCUACCCAUGUGUGUAAGGAAAAGAAGCUGAACUAACUUGCCAUGUACCCUUUCCAAGCUUCAGCUUGGUUCUCCUCUUGCUGCAGACUCCCAGGUUAGCUCCAAAUGACUCCCUUUGCUAGCAGUCAGCCCCCUCAGUCCCACAUGCUGAUCUUCCCUCCCCACAAGUCACUUCUCCCUGAUGACUUUGGCAGCCCUCAGCACCUUGCUUGUUCCUCCACUCAUGCAGCCUCUUUGCUGACAGCAGCAGUGUGUUUGUUUGGAGCUGUCCUGGACAAUGCUGCCCACUUUCCUGCACCCAGAAAAGCUGCUGACCCACAGGAGAAUUGUGUCUGGGCAGAGACCACGCCAAGCCAAACGUCUGGGUGGUAACAGCAUCUGCCCUGGCUGCUUUGCCUCUGGCUUUUUGUCACACCUUUGUAUGCCCUGACACAUCUUCUGCAGGCAAAUCAGUUCAGAGCACUGACAGGGAUUGUCCAGCAUCUCCCUCCCACCUGUCCUGUGCCCGGUUAGCUGCCCAUAGUCAGCCCUUUUGUUGUGCCAAGUCAAGCCACAGGGACUUCUGGACUGACACACUGCUGUCACCAGCCCUGGAGCAUCCAUUGGUGCUGCCUGUGGCCCCAGCCUGUUUACACAUUAUUUAUGGCCCUGCCCUGCCAGCCAGUUUGAGAGUCCCUUGCACAGAAGUGAGAGAAAGCCACACAGGCUGUGUCCAUCUCAGCAGUGGUGUGUGGGCUGCCUUUGCAAUCACAGCCCUGCCAUCAGCAUGGAAACAGCAGCUGGUGGAAAGGGGCAGCUCCUCUGUCACCAGUGCCAGCUGGUGGGGGUGGCUCUGUGGCCAUUCCAGGCUCGGCCUUUCAAAAGUCAUUGUCAGUGUUUUGCUGAGAGCCCUGUCUUAUCACUCUGUAUUCCAUGUGCUGCCAGGCUUCAGUUUCUGAAUCUUGGGGUCAAGGAGCAGCAGGCUGUAUCCUGGCAGGGCACUUUCUGCUCCCUGUCCAUCCCCAGAGACCAGGUCUUGGGUAAGAACUGGCAUUUCCCAGACCUUGCUGUGUUUGUGUACCACUCACAAAUGAACUUUCUUCAAAUGGAAGUGAAUUUGCUUGAAGCUCUGACUCUACCCAAGUCUGUUUGGAGCUGCUGGGAGCCUUUGUUCAGGCUCUUUCUCUGUUUAAUCUGGGCAUCAAAACACUUUCCAAGCAGCUUCAUGCUGUCCUCACCAAAGAAAGAAACAUCUCAAAGGUGCUGUACCAAUAUGGAUUUUUCCUGCCCAAGUUAGAGGUGUAACAGGCCAGCAGGAACCCACCAGGCAUCAGGAGCUGCUGUUUUUCAGAAAGACAAAGUGGUGUCAGUCACAGUGGCUCCCCCCAUGUGAGGCCAUGCAGUCCAGCUCUGGCUGUGCCCUGAGCUCAGUGGAUGCUCCGAUGCCUCUCUGGGGCUGCAGCUCCCAGGUCCAGCACUGGCCAGCCCAGUGUGUGCCAGUCAUGGGCUGUCAGUGCCAGCUUUGCUUCCUGGCACUUUAUACAGCCCCAAAUCUGCAGAGCAAGGAGAAGACAUAGAAGGUAUUUCAUUUGUGUGUUCCUGCUCCUUUCCCACCACAGCCAGUGUCAUCAGUGCCCUGUUAUUUCAGGGAUGGCCAAGGAGCUGUGCAGUCCCCCCAUCUCAUCACUUGGAGCAAGGGAAGGUUUGGGCAAUCCCACUCUGCCCACCCACAAGCACCUUCCUGGAAGCUUUCCUCAGAUUCGGGUCCUCCACCUCUCCUAAGAGCACUCCUCAUGAGACCAAGGAUUUAACAUGUUUUUAACCAGUCAGUCCUUUUGUGGGGAUUAGCCAGCCUGGGUAAUGUUUGCAUUUUACCCUUUGCUGUCUGCUGGUUGUGGACUUACUUUUGGAGUUAAUAUCACUGUUUUUCUUUACAUUUUCUCCCCAAAGGUUGUCCUAGACCACCUGCAUUCUCUGUAUAAAUAAAUAAAUGGUCUUGGCUGUUUUCAGGUA